UGUUUAACAUAAGUUUUAAGAUAGUAAAAACAAGUUGUUCUUUGUAAAAAGAUGUUCUUAAAAUUUUUGCUACUGGUUUUAUUCAAAAAUCUUAAUGAAUGUCCCAAUGAAGGAAUAUUUUCCAUACCAAAUACUGGUUGUAAAUCUUACAAAAUAUGCAGUCAAUUAGGAGCAUCGAAUUAUUCUUGUCCAUCAACUACAUUAUUUGAUCAAAGAGCACAAAAAUGCGUUUUAGAUUUUGUUUGUCCUGACACAAUUUGUGCUCAAGUUCCUGCUGGGUUAUAUCCAGAUCCGAAUUAUCCAAGUAAUAAGAAAUUUUAUAUCGAAUGUUAUGGGGUUGAAAAUUUUAAUGUAAGAUAUGGAGAAUGUAUUGAUGGCCAAAUUUUUCAAAGUGAUUCUGGGAAAUGUGAUAAAGAAGAAAUUGCAACAACCACAUCAGCACCUUUAAUUCCAAUAAGUAAUUGCUCUGUAUCUGGUAGUAUUAUUCCUAUUUUUAAUACAAAUUGUGAAAAAUAUGGGAUUUGCGAUAACUUCGCACUAGAAAUUUUUAAUUGUCCCAUAACGACAUUUUUUGAUCCAUGGACAAAUAAAUGUCGUACUGAUUACAAAUGCUUAGAAAAGUACUGUUUAAAUGAACCUGAAGAUAUUUACUACUUAGAUCCAAAUGAUUCUGAUAAAAAGCGAUAUUUUGAAUGUUUAAGAACUGUUAAAGGUGUUUUGCCAUCAUACCGUUGGUGUGGGGAUGAUGCAUUUUUUGAUGAAGAAGAAAAAACAUGCAUCUCUUCAUCAUCCUCAACUCCGAAUUGCACCUCAUAUGGUAUUUUCCCAGUAUAUUGGAAAGUAACGAAUUGUACACAAUACGGAAUUUGCUCAAAUUCAGUAUUAGAAACUUAUCAAUGUCCUAAUAUGACAUUCUUCGAUCCAUUUGAAAGCGAAUGUUCUCAUCAUCAUCAAUGCUUAGAAAUCUAUUGUUAUAACAACCCUGAAAAUAUUUAUUAUUUAGACCCAAAUGAUCCAAUCCAAAAACGAUAUUAUGCGUGUAUUUGGGAUGAAAAAGGAUUAUUACAACUGUAUUAUUGGUGUGGGGAUGAUGAAGUUUUUAAUGACGAUACAAUAUGUGUUGAUGCAGAUGUUGCAUGUACUAGAGAAGGUAUUCUUCCAACAAAUCGCAGCAAUGAAUUCCGGAUUUGUUUUAAAUCAGAAACGUCGUUAGUAUUAAGAACAUAUAAAUGUGCCAUUUUGACAUAUUUUGAUCCAUGGAAGAGCCAAUGCGUUUCUGAUUUUAUAUGGAUAAAUGAUUAUUGUGAGUUCCAACCUAAAAAUGUAUUCUACCUAGAUCCAAACGAUUCAGAAAAAAAGCGUUUUUAUCAGUGCGUUUGGUACAAUACAACUUUACGCGAAAGAGUUAUCCCAUUGUAUUAUUCUUGUGGGGAUGAUGAAAUUUUCGAUGAAAUCAAUAAAAGAUGUAUUACAACUACAACAUUAGUAGCUUCAACAUCAGAUUGUUCUGUAGUUGGUAGCACUUUCCCAGUGUAUUACACAAAUUGUUUAGAGUACAAGAUUUGUUUCAAAUCAGAAUUUUCUUUUGAUUUAAAAACUUAUCGUUGCCCUGGAUUGACUCUUUUCGAUCCAUUCAAAGGUGGAUGCGUUUUUGAUUAUACAUGUAUAGAAAACUAUUGUUUCGACCAACUCGAAAAUGUAUUUUACUUGGAUCCAAAUGAUUUAGAGAAAAGACGAUUUUAUGAAUGUAUAUGGGACGAAAUGGGAGUUUUCCCAAAAUAUUAUUCUUGCGAAAUCGGGGAAGUUUUUGAUGAAGUAAAUCAAAAGUGUGCACCAAUUCCUUCCCCAAAAUUAAUUCAACCAAUUUCUGAUUGCUAUAAAGAAGGAUUAUUUCCAGAGCCUUAUUCAGAUUGCAAAAUAUUUAAAAUUUGUCGGGUUGAUGGCAAAUCUUAUUUAGAAGAAAAAUAUUAUUGUCCAACGAUGGAGUUUUUCAACCCAUGGAAAAGUGAAUGCGAUUCUGAUUACGAAUGUUUAGAAAAUACAUGUUUGGAUAAACCUGAAGGAACGUUAUUUUUAGAUCGAAACGAUCCCGAUAAGAAGCGUUAUUAUCAAUGUGUUUGGGACGGUUUCAGAAUUUCACCUUUAUAUCAUUUCUGUAAUGAUGGGAACAUUUUUGUUGAAGAAAAAGAGAUGUGUGUUGAAAAUAUUGGGUUUAUGACGUGGAUGUGGAUGGCAUUAAAGAAAUUGUUUGGAUAAAAUAAACACUUUUUUGAUUAAUGUAAUUUAAUGUUUAAAUAAAACUUUUAUUGCAA